CUGAGGCGGCCCCGGAGCGGGGCCCGGUGGCACCGGGAUGUACCGGCGGGACAGGAGCGUGCAGCUGGGCGGCAGCAGCAGCUCGGCGCUGUACAACAACCUCAGCGUGCUGCGCCUGCCGCACCGCCAGCUCGCCUGCUUCUGCGCCGUGCACGGCCCCGCCGUUAACGUGCUCAGCGCCGCCGCCGACGGGAUGGGCGGCUCACAGCGGCAGCUCCGCGCCCCGCCGGGGGGACCGGCCGCCGCCGCCGCCGCCGUCACGCAGGCCGCCUGGUGCGCGCUGCCGGCACGGGUGCUGCUGGUGCUGACCUCGCAGAAAGGCGUCCAGAUGUACGAGUCGGAUGGCUCCGUCAUGGUUUACUGGCACGCGCUGGACAUCACAGAGCCUCCGCCGGCACAAGCCGUGUUUGCCCGAGGGAUCGCUGCGGCUGGAGAACGCUUCAUCUGCGUGGGGACGUCCUCCGGGAUGGUGCUGGUGUUCGACAUCCCCCACAAAGGGACGAACGUCACGGUGAGCGAGGUCCUGGAGGAGCACCGCGACGCCAUCACCGACAUCGCGGCGGAGCUGGGCCAGGCUCCGGAGGGGGCUGGGGACCUGGUGACUGCCGACGACGCGGGGACCCUGUGCAUCUGGAGCUCUGGAGAGGAGUUCACCUUGCUCAACAAGAUCCCAGCCUUCGGCUGCACCUGCUCCUCCGUGAAGCUCUGGAACGGGGUCGUCGCUGCUGGCUACGGCAACGGGCAGAUUCGGCUGUACGAGGCAGCGACGGGCGUCCUGCGCGCCGAGGUCAGCGCUCACGCUCGCUGGAUCAAUGCCCUGGACCUGGCGCCGCUGACGGGAAAGCUGCUCUCGGGGGCCGAGGACUCCUUCGUUCACGUCUGGAAGCUCAGCAGGAACCCAGACACCGACGAUGUCGAGAUCGAGCACUGCCACGCCGAGUGUGUGACCGACACCCAGAUCUGCGGCGCCCGUUUCUGCGACCCCGAGGGCUGCUCCUUUGCCGUGACCGGCUACGACCUCAGCGAGAUCUUCCGAUACAGCCAGGUGUAGGCUGCGGGCUGCGCCCUCUGUCCCGAGCCAGGCCACCAGGCACCCCCCGGCCCAGGGCUGUACCCCAGGGGCGUGGAAAUCAGUGCAGAGGGGGGGCUGAAGUAGGAUCCCCUCACUCCCAAAGCAAACCUGCCCCCAGCAGGGCAUGGCCGUGCACAGGGAA